AUGGGCAACUUUUUGGAUGUAGACGUGGAGGUAGACUGGCUUUACAAGGGCAAGAGACGGCCAAAAACGCAACCGGAAGUUGUGCGUAGAGAACGGUCAUCUUCGGUGUCCAAUGGGUCUUUGGGCCGAGUGGCCACCAGAACAGAGUCUCAGGAGCCCGAGGAACCCGAGAAACCUAAGCAAACGAAGCCAGAACGGCCAGUGCACGAAGCCAAGAGAGCUGGAAGCUCCGCAGCAGGAAUUGCAACUGCCAAGAUUCCGCAACGGUCGAGUUCGAUCAACGAAACUAGUGGAAAAUCGAAAAAAUCAUUGUUCGGAUCGCUCUUUAGACGCAACAGUCAGGGAUCUGGCGAAGCUCCCUCUAUUCCGAUUCCGCUACCCAAAGUUCGGUCCCAUACCGGAUCUGCUGCUGCCACAAAUCAAAACUCGGGACAGGAAGCUGCUCCAUCAAUGCAUGCAGCUGUUUCACAGUUUUUGAAGGAACCCUCAUCUCCGGAAGUUUCGGAUCCAGCCCCUAUUCAUGAUGAAAAAGUGGUUCUAGACAGGAGCCAGCAGAAGAAAUCAAUUCCUAUCAACACACUCUCCAAGCUACCUCUCAAGAGAGUAACUUUUGCCGUUGACCGUUUUGGAAUGGAUCCACCACAGCAAAUUCCAAGCCGUAAGCCCAAAAAGGGCGACGUCUUGGUGCCUCAGGACAUGAUAUGCCCCACUCCGUCAAUCUCCGUUGGCAUAACCAACACGCAAGGCAGUGUAGAGCAAGCUACUUCCCCACACAAUGAACAAUCGAAAGAAUACAAACUGGCAAUGGAAUAUCAUCGUAGGGCUUUGAAAGAAUCGGAAAAACAUCAGCAAGAAGCACAUUAUGCCGCCAGACGCAUAGCUCACGAAGUACAAAACUUCAAGAUCAAAAAUGCUGCAGCGUCUUCCAAUGUUCAGAACUCCGGAAAUGUGGCUGCUGAACAGACAGCAAGCAACAACGACGGGCUUGGCACGACUGCUAACACUACUCCGAUUGAUGACCGAAUCAAAAAUUUAGAGAUUGAUAAACCUAUCCACAAGCAUGAGAAUUUCUUUGAUCAUGACACUCAAAACUUGACGUCAGCCUCAGAAAAACUCACUUUAGACAAGACAUACACCCGUUGCUGUCAUCUGCGAGAGAUUUUACCCAUUCCCUCUACUUUGAAGCAGGUUAAGGACAAGACAGCACCCCUCCAAACUUUGAAGUUUUUGAACCCGAGACCCACGCUGAUUGACAUUCUGUCUUUCUGUGACUUUAUCGCCAUUACUCCAGUGCACAACGUCAUCUUUGACAACGUCAACCUUACGCAGGAGAUGUUGAAAAUUGUCAUCAGCUCUCUAGUCAAUAGCUCCUUCAUCGAGAAACUAGGACUUAGAAAUGUCACAUUUAAUGCUGACAGCUGGAAGCUGCUGUGCAAGUUUCUGCUCGAAAAUAAAUCCCUUAUGAAGCUGGAUAUUUCUCACACUAAAGUCAAAACAGACCUUUCCAAAGAACUUUAUCGGGCCAAUAUGGAUUGGAACCUUUUCAUUGAUGUCCUGCGAAGCCGUAAAGGGAAGACACUCGACGAAUUACUUGUGAACGGUGUCAAAUUUGACAACACAGGAACUUUUAUCAAUCUACUCAACACCUUUGCAUCUGUUGGACAACAAGCAAAGAAACGACUUGGAAUUGCACAAUCUGAGAUCACUGGAGAACAGAUCAAGUUUCUCUUGCCAUGGGUCAGCGAAAAUAACAUUGAGGGUGUCGACUUGGGAUUCAAUGACCUCAGCCAAAUUGUCAAACCCUUGGUGGGGAAACUUACCUCACUUCCAUAUGAUAACAUGCAUUAUUUCACUCUUAACAGUACCAAUAUUGCAUCUCCUUAUGAUGCUGCUUUGGUGUUGCGAGCGUUAUCGAAAUUACCUAACCUCUAUUUCCUCGAUUUGAGCAACUUACCCCAAAUUUUCCCGGAUAUCUUCCCUUACCUCAACAAGUAUUUACCUCGCAUGCCCAAGCUAAAGCGACUGCAUCUCGAUUCCAACGAGUUCACAGCCAGAGAGGUCAUCAUGGUGACAACAGUUCUUUCCAAAUGUAAAGAGCUUCUUCACAUUUCGCUCAUGAAUAUCCCAGAGGACUCCUUCACAACAACGAUGAGCGCUAAUGUCUACGACUGUGUGCGCCAGAGUCCAAAACUCACACACCUGGACAUUGCUUAUGGCAAUAUGCCCGAAGAAAUUUCAUCCCGUAUAGCGCUCUUCCUCAUGCGUAGACUACACAGAGACUUCGAGCUUGACGACUUAGCCAGUCAAGACGAUUUGCUAUUUGACGGUACUCUACUCUCUGAGACUGCUGGUAAUAUUUUCGAAAAACUGAACACUUAUGAAGAUGCCGACACUGAUACCACUAGGAGGUAUCUACUCAAAAAAUACUGGGAACGAUUCAAUCGUGUUCAUGACAAUGUUCAGCGCACAAUCGAUGAAUUAUUUGAGAAGAGAAGUGCUGGUGAGCUCAACCUUCAGGGCAAGGAAAACUUACUGCGGCUUUUAUUCCUGGAAAACAAUCUAUCGCAUAUUUUGAGCAUUCUUAAGACGUAUCCGCAAGUGGCAAACAUUGCGGGUCUCGAUUCCAGUGCAAAGCAAUCAACAUUUGACAAUGAUGUUAACAAUUUGCGGGACGUUGAGCCUCCUGCUCAUACAAGACCUCACUUGAUGGCAACCGAAUCCGGACAAACUAUCGAUUUAACCACGGGUAAAGCCAUACUGGUAAAGCAACCUUCUCAUGUUGCGCUGGUCAGUAAGAAACAAGAGGAGGAAGAAGGUGAAUUCCACAAAUGGGGUUUUUUCGUUCAGCAACAAAACUCUAUUUAUCCUGAUCAUCAGGUUAGAACCACCGUUGAGGACCCGGUAGGAAAGAGGCCAGAAAGUUCUUCGUCCACGGAAUCACCCAAGUCGUCACAACCUUCCACAGCAACGCAGGCCUCGCAUAGCUUGAUUGCCAAGAUCCCAUCUGGAACAGAGCUUCGGGAUGCCAUCAUGCGCGCCAAAGGUAUUGACUCCAUUGAAGAGUUGAUUGAAAAUGUCAGCGGAAAUCGUGAAACGCUGGAUAAGAUCUACGGAGUUCCACUCCAUCCAAUGCCACAGUCAGUAUCCGAAGCUGGGGCUAACCGGAAGUUGCCGCUCUCUCAGUUGAUGAGGUCGGAAUCCAAUACAUCGAUGUCAUCGUCGGGAUCUGGCGACGAGGAGAAGGUUGAUGAAACAUACGACAAGUUGCUCAACAGUUUGAGUAAAGUACGGUCUAAUAAAUAA